CCAGGUGUUUCUGAGUUGCAAAGAGAAUGAUAUGAGAGGUAACCGCUUCCUUAAUAAUAAGUACGUGAGUGAUUUCUACUGUGAAAAUCACAGCAGCUUAGAGAAUAUACAAGAAAAAGCUCGCAAAGAGAAGGAGCUCACAAAGAAGCAUUUUAAGCUAAGGAUGAUUGUUCAUCCGCGUUUUCAAAACAUAACAGCAGAUCAAGCAAUGGAGUUUCUAUCUGCCAAAGAACCUGGUGAAAGUAUCAUACGCCCUAGCUCCCGUGGUCCCUAUUUCUUAACUUUAACACUCAAAGUUUAAGACGGCGUUUAUGCUCACAAGGAUAUAGUGGAAGGUGGAAAGGAACACAAGGAUAUUACAAGCCUGCUCUGCAUAGGGAAGACUCUGAAAAUUGGGGAUGACACAUUUGAGGAUUUAGACGAGGUAAUGGACCGUUACGUUGAUCCAUUGGUUGUUCAUCUGAAGGCAAUGCUGAACUACCGGAAGUUUAGGAAGGGCACUAAAGCAGAAGUUGAUGAACUACUACGCAUUGAAAAAUCUGAGAAACCAAUG